UCCCCCAGUGAAGUCGCCGUGCGUCGCCAGCUUAACAACCGAACCAACCACAUUUCACGCUCUAUUCAGGGCUAAAGAAAGAGAGGUGGAAGCGAGCAGGCAUAGAUAGAUAAGCUGUAGGACAACACCCAAACUGGUCGUCCGAGUUCUUCUGUAGAGAGAAAAUGCAACGGCUGGCACGGGAAUUCGGCGGCUGUUUAAACACCAGUGCCUAUGAGUCGUAGCAGUUUGGAUUCUCUUCAUUUUAGAUUGGUUUCUCUCGUUUAAAGGGUCGUCUGUUUUGCUGUUUGUUUCUUGCGUUUCCAAGCGAUGGUGGCAACAUUUCGGGAGGUGUUUGAGGAAGCUGUCCCAGUGUUUGCGGAGCAGGUUGAGAAUGCAAGUCUGGAUGUAGCUGAUUGGAGUACCAGAGUUGGUGAUCAGUGUGCGGAGGGGGAGGAGGGGAGAUUCUGAAGGGUUUUUUUCUGUGUGUGACUCUUCAGCGGCCAUGUUAACCAAGAAGCCGUGCGCUGCCGUCUACUCAUCUGGCAAAGGGGGUGAGAUCUGCCAGCUAGAGUCUUCCCCCGGAAUCGGCGUCGGGGGUCUCCGGCCCGCUGUAGGGACGGACCCGACAUCUCCAGUCGCAUUACCACCCCUCAGGAAUACCAACUCGCUAACACAGGUAGGAGGCAAUAAGCACACCAUGAAUGAUCACCUGCACAUCGGGAACCACCAGCAGAUCCACGUUCAGCAGCUGUUCGAGGAGAACAGCAACAAACGGACAGUGCUGACCACUCAACCCAAUGGGUUGACGCCGUCAAACCGGACCGGGCUCCCGGUGCCAGAUCGGCCUCAGGAGAGCAGCCGGCAAGGCAGCUCCACGUCCAUCAAGUCCACCGAGAGCAAGCCCAAGGCCACGCCGAUGGCCCCUGACCAGGCCAUGAAGCAGUACAUGGCCAAGCUGUCCGCGUUCGAGCACCAGGAGGUCUUCAACUACCCGGAGGUCUACUUCGUGGGCCCCAACGCCAAGAAGCGGCCGGGCGUGGUCGGCGGCUCCAACAACGGCGGCUACGACGACGACCAGGGCUCCUAUAUCCACGUGCCGCACGACCACAUCGCCUACCGCUACGAGGUGCUCAAGGUCAUCGGCAAGGGCAGCUUCGGCCAGGUGGUGAAGGCCUACGACCACAAGACGCACACGCACGUGGCGCUGAAAAUGGUGCGCAACGAGAAGCGUUUCCACCGGCAGGCGGCCGAGGAGAUUCGCAUCCUGGAGCACCUUCGCAAGCAGGACAAGGAUUCCACCAUGAACGUCAUCCACAUGCUGGAGCACUUCACCUUCCGCAACCACAUCUGCAUGACCUUUGAACUCCUCAGCAUGAACCUGUACGAGCUCAUCAAGAAGAACAAGUUCCAGGGCUUCAGCCUGCCGCUGGUGCGCAAGUUCGCCCACUCCAUCCUGCAGUGCCUGGACUCGCUGCACAAGAACCGGAUCAUCCACUGCGACCUGAAGCCCGAGAACAUUCUGCUCAAGCAGCAGGGCCGCAGCGGGAUCAAGGUCAUCGACUUCGGCUCCAGCUGUUACGAGCACCAGAGGGUCUACACAUACAUCCAGUCGCGCUUCUAUCGGGCCCCGGAGGUCAUCCUGGGCGCCCGGUACGGCAUGCCCAUCGACAUGUGGAGCCUGGGCUGCAUCCUGGCCGAGCUGCUGACCGGCUACCCACUCCUCCCGGGGGAGGACGAAGGGGACCAACUGGCGUGCGUCAUCGAGCUUCUAGGCAUGCCCUCGCAGAAGCUCCUGGACUCGUCCAAGCGGGCCAAGAACUUUGUCAGCUCCAAGGGCUACCCGCGCUACUGCACGGUCACCACGCUGCCCGACAACACGGUGGUGCUGAACGGCGGACGCUCACGCCGGGGCAAGCUGCGCGGUCCGCCGGCCAGCAAGGACUGGGUGACGGCGCUCAAGGGCUGCGACGACCCCCUCUUCUUGGACUUCCUCAAGCAGUGCCUGGAGUGGGACCCCACCCUGCGCAUGACCCCCAGCCAGGCGCUGCGCCACCCCUGGCUCAGGAGACGCUUGCCCAAACCCCCCACGGGGGACAAGACGACGGUCAAGCGCAUCACCGAGGGCACCGGUGCUAUCACGACCAUCUCCAAAUUACCUCCCACAUCUGGCUCCGCCUCCAAGCUAAGGACUAACCUGACGCAAAUGACCGAUGCGAAUGGGAAUAUUCAACAAAGGACAGUUUUGCCAAAAUUAGUCAGCUGAACACACUAAUUUAUUGUUUUAUUGUUUUUAUUUUGUUUUAGUUUUUCUUCUGUCUAACAAAGGAGAUAUUAUCUUCCAAGUCAGUUGGAAAGCUGAGCAUUGCAUACCAAUGUGUGAGUUGGUACAUCUGAAGUGUAGAUGAACUGUUGCAUAUUCACUACAGUUUUUUUAUUAUUAGUAGCACCUUUUCACGACUAAAAAAAAAAAUAUAUUUGUUUCAAUUAGAUUGGAAAGGCCAUGUGAAAGGGAACAACAUUUUAAGUUUGCCAUCUCAGGACUUUGUGCAAGGCUGAAGUGUGUCGGCCUUCAUAGAAACUGCUCUGCUACUCUAAAAGCCCUCAGCAGAUGUUACAAUGUUUUUCUAGUAUUGAAAGAAAAAGAGACGACCGAUUGAAAUUAGGUUAUUCAAACGUAUCAACAAAUUGAUUUUUAUUUCAGUCAAGAAGAACUUAGCUGUGGACUUUUCACCAAUUUGAAUUAGGCUAAGGGUUACGAAAUGGGUGGUUUAAGUGGACUCAAUGUGUGGCUAAUCUUUAGCUGUAUGUGUUUUUAGUGAAUACAUAUGUGUCGAGGUCUUUUGUGUGUUGGCUGUGCAGGUGAUGAUGCAAGUCUGUUGUGAGGAUGUGAUUUGUUAGGAGUUUGGAGAAGUAAUCCAGAUGUAAUGGAAAUGGAAGGUUUUGACUGUUAUGAAAUUAUGUUCAGGAGACGGGGGGAAAAUGUUUACAUGAGACUUGGUAUGUGCCUACAAUUCUAUUGACAUUCCUUAUGUGGCUGAAACAAGGACGGUAGAGUUCUGGUUCGACUGCCGCUUCUCUCUGAGCUGUCAGAUAAAUGACAGGGGAGUUAUUUUUCAGGAGAGGAAUGACAUUUUUAAGAACAAUGAAAGGAAUGGCAUUUCAGCAGCAGGUGUUUUCAAGAUGGGUGCUGUGAAUACAAAUCGAAGUCUAAAGGAAACAUGUUGGUGCUCUUACCUUUUUGUAACAUGUUCGAUACUUGUUAUUGUUUUUUCCAGGCAAAACUUCUUGGUUCUUUUACCAGUUCUGUCUCCUAGUGAAUGACGUGCAGCUUAUGUGAGGAUGCUACAAGGAUGACCCAGUUUAGGCUUUUCAGUUUUGAAUGCAGUGGCUUAAGGAAGGAUAUUGAGUAUUGCGUGUGGCAGUAGUAGCAGCCUGCUUGUGCCGUGCUUAUACUCUUGGAGAAGGCAAGAGACAGUAUUUACUUGAAUUUGAUGAGCUUUCGGCUGCAUAGCCGCGCUCCCUGCACCUCUCUGUAAUAAGAGGACGCUUGAAGACUUACGAGUUGAUGGAGUGGCACUUUGGGUAAUAGCUUGACUUCUGUCAUCUGAUUGGCCAGAUGUAGCUCUCUUUUGAUUUAAUGUAGCUCUCUUUCUCUCUCUGUCUGUCUUCUUGUUGACUGUCGAUGAGCUGCUGUUCUGUCUAUGCGGGCUUGCAAGAGUUAAAAUUCUUAAAUGUUUGUUCCCUUUCACAGCCAAAGACUAAACAUUUGUGAGGAAUAAUAAAAUGUAACAACUAUAAAUACUACCCACAAAUAACCCAGAGCUGUAUAUGUACAGUCUUACAUGUACAUGGACACUUCCUCAACCUUGAAAGACAUCACACAUUGGCCAUUUUCAUUCAUAGGUUUUCUUUUCUUUUUUUUUAAAUUCAUCAUAGUGAUAUUGGUGUAACUGACUUGGGUUUUAAAGCUUUGGAAAAAAAAAAAAGAUGUUUUAGGCUAUUUAUUUAUUUCAUAAUGUUUCUCAAAGAAGAGCUAAUAUAAAACAGGAAUAGAAUGUGUGCUGUUGGCUUGGUAACCAUGGAGUGACUUAUGAUGUAAUGCACAAGAACUUGAUCUGCCACUACUCGGAGACUCGACACAACAAAAAGGAAUAAGGCAAUCAUGGGCCUACUCUCUUGUUUGUUUUCUGGACUCUGGAGGAAGGGCCACUGGCAUUGGACAUUUUCGGGUUGUCAGGGAGUGAAGUUUGGCACCCGCCCACCCACUCACAUGGGCACACUUGCACCCUCGCCGCUGGUUGGCACCCUACCUGCCAAGCCCAUAUCUGCACACCGUCCAAUGCGCCAACAAGUACAAUGGCCCUUGUUCUUCUGAUGCACAUGGAGCUGCGACUAUGGGGGAGGACAGUUUUGUCCUCGGACUAAUUACUUUUUAAUUGUUGUUUUGUGGAUUGACCGUAGUGGGGAGUUCUUUGUGCCCUUAGUUUUUAAUACAAUGUGCCUUUGGUUAUCAAUGCCAUUCAAUUUCUUACCCAACAGUAAAGCCCCUUGUCCUGCACACGUAGGCAUAUUGAGAUCCAGAAAAAUCAUGGUGAUUUUUAGAGCAACACCCAAAGACACUCCCUUAAAAACCAUGAAAUGGUACCUGGGAGAGAGAGAGGCCACUCGAUUUGAGAUGUUUUUACAAGUUGUUUACACAAGCGGAUUUAAAUCCUCACAGAACUGAGAAUAAGAACUUUCUCAAGGACCCUUUGCCAACGGGGAAAUGUAAGUAAACAGAUAGCCAUCACGUUUGCAGCACUGCUAGAGCGACAGCUUUUGCUGCAUCUAUCUUGUCUUAACAUCUAGGUAUCCAAGGGGUUACAUUUUGCUUCAGUUUAGCAACUCUAGGAAAAAAAAAUACAUUAUUAAUAUUUUACCUCAGACUGUUGUGAUAAUUCUUGUGACUAUAUCAACCCAGGGCAUUUGGUAUAUACCAAAGUGCAUUCCUUUUUAUGUGUGUGGCUAAGGGGCAAGGAGAACAUAGAAACUGGUGGAUUUUUCUAUCUGUAAUCAGAGCAAAAGGCACUUGAGCCACUUUUUUUCUCUCUUUAAGGGCCAUAGCAGGAGAAUACUUCUCUUCAGUCAUGAAGGAAAAACAUAGAGAGGGCGGGGGAGGGGAAGCUAGUUACACCACCUGUUGUUGUUGUGAGGUGAAUGAUGUAGCAUAACUCCAAACCUUAAGCUUGGCAUGGAUGGAUGUAUCAGUGCAGUGAAAACUGCCCCCUCCACUGCCCCCAUCUCCAAAACUGCCCCAACCUCCAAAAACGAAGGAAGGAAAAUCCACGAGUCAAUAUCCAGCCCUAUGUGCAAAGCCACUGUAGCUGAAUGGGGAAGGGGGACUAUUUAAAGCAACAAGCUUUUUGUGUUUGAAGGUGCAAACGCAAAACUUUUUUGCUACGUCUCAGAGCGGUAGUCCUCUCUCUUGAAUUGAGCUACACACAGUCAACUUCUAAGGUGACAUUUAUAGAAAAAAAAAAAAGAAAAGAUUUUAAACUGAGCAACGAAGUUGACAUUUUGUUUGUACUCUAUAGCAGUACUUGUACAUAUGUGAAAUUUGAUAUGGAUUCAAUGUGGAUGUGUACAUAUGUAUAAUGUUUUUUUUGUUUUGUUUUUGUGACAUGCUGCUGAAGAACACUACAUUCAUUGUAGUGAGUUUUGAUCAAGGCGGCCAGUUUUAUGAUCCUGUAUGUAUUGUACAGCUAUUGGAAGUUUAACUUUUUUUUUCUAGUGAUCAUUCGUUAAAUUUUAUUGUUGUGGCCGGGAAAAUAUUAAUAAAAAAAAGUUUUAAUGUU